GUCUACUUUCUGCUGCCCCGAGUACGAACUAAUUGCAUGAUCAUAUUCCUGCAGACCAUGGUACCCAAUGAGGACAGCCGUCUGUGUCGCGAAGUGUUUACCAGUCGACAAUUUGCAGCCCCGCGUACCCGCCUUGAGACCUCGCGGUGUCUGUGCAGGUUCGUUCCACACCAGUCUCGUAUUGGCGCGUUAUAACUUUCAGAUGCUGUGCGGUUCCCUUGCGUUUGGAGAGACGGCUGCUCAACAUAUACACAACCUGCUACAAACACUUUCGUACUUUGCAUAGCCCAACAUUGAACUCUUCGUCCCGACUGCAUACGCUGCUGCCCCAAGUCGAACACGCCGACAUUUGUUCGUACAAACGAUGGUAGUAACGCCAACAUGAGCCUCUUAAUCCGACAGAUAUGGGCGCUCAUUCGCAAGAAUCUGCUGUUGAUAUGCUUGCGACGGCCGAUAUUGACAUUCAUACGCGCCGUAGCGAUUCCACUCGUUGUAGUCCUUGUACUCUCGUAUACGAAAGAAUUCUUUGCAUCACCGCUUAAAUACGGAAUUUCGUCUCCGCACAAUACACGCUCGCUCCAAGAAGGCUUAGCAGUCAGCGACGGUCGUGAUAUCGUGGGUUUCGUCAGCAAUGGAAUGCAAGGCGAUGUCUCCGAACUGAUCGAUGCACUGUCGAAGACCAUAAAAGAUGCUGGGAAAACCCCGAAACAGUUCAACAGUACAGAAGAGCUCUCAAAAGAGUGUGUCUCCAACGGGGUCGAUGGUAGUGGUCGGAAGUGCUUUGGUGCUAUUGUGUUUCUGUCUUCACCAGAACAAGGAACCGAUCAGAGCCCGAAAGGAACCUGGAACUACACCAUCCGUGGGGACCCCUCCGGCGGGUUCACAGAUGUUACACAAGAUCGGAACAAUGCCGAGAUUUACACCAUUCCCCUACAACACGCUGUAGAUGCAGAGAUUGUUUCGCGCUCGAGAUCCGGCCAGGCUGGGUCGUUCCCACAGACAAAAACGGUCGUAUAUACAUCGCAGAACCAGCAAUCUCUGGACAACUCGCGAACGAGCAACUUCCUAGCGCUCUGCAUAUACGCCUUCGGUGUCUUGUACACCUUCACUCUCAUUGGCAUCGUCUAUCAUAUGACGUCUUUUGUCUCCCAUGAGAGAGAGCUUGGCAUGUCUGGCUUGAUUGACGCCAUGAUCCCAGGAGGCUCUAAUAUCCGAGGUCGACUUGCGCGUCAAAUUGCGACAUACAUCUCUUUCGCUCUGGUCUACCUUCCGGGCUGGAUAGCAGUCGGUGUGGUCGUCUCCGUGUUGGCCUUCCCUAAGACCUCGCAAGGCAUUCCUGUUGGUUUCACCAUCUUUGCUGGCCUCGCAUUGACCUCAUUCUCCUUAUUUGGUGCUUCGUUCUUCAAGAAAUCCCAGCUCAGCGGCUCCAUCAUGGUAGUCAUUGCAUUGGUCUUCGCUGUGCUUCCUCAAACGCUCUAUGAACAGACCAGCGUUACUUGCGGUAUCCUAAGCUUCUUGUUUCCUUCGGCGACAUACACCUACUUCAUAACGGGCGCAGCGGUGUUUGAAUCAUACGACUUGAAGAUACAGAUGUGGAGCCAGCCUCCAGGAGAGAUAGAGAGCACCCAACAGUGGCGCUUGAAUAUUGGCAUCCACUGGGUUUUCUUGGCCAUACAGAUCCUAGUGUACCCGAUUCUGGCAUUCCUCGUGGAACACGUACGCUUCUCCACGGCAUCGCCAUACAGGACCUUCGCACAACCGCCCCACGAGCGGGCUCCAACUGUCACAUUAACUUCGUUCACAAAGACAUAUAAAGCGGGAAUCAUGGGAAGAUGUUUCAAGCGUCGCAAAGAUGUGAACGCUGUCACUGACAUGAGCCUCAAUGCAUAUCGCGGCCAGAUACUCUGCCUGCUUGGGCCCAAUGGUAGUGGAAAAAGUACAACUAUGAACUGCAUUGCAGGGCAGCACAAAGUAACAUCCGGUACCGUGGCCAUCGACCCUAGUGGCGGUCUAGGUUACGCACCCCAGAACAAUGUCAUAUGGCCAGAACUCACAGUCGAAGAGCACAUUCGCAUCUUCAGUGAUCUCAAGUGCAUCUCCAAAGUCAAUGACGAAGUCGUUUCGGAACUUGUCCGGAUGUGCGAUCUCCAGAAGAAGUUGCCAUCGAAAGCAAAGACACUCUCUGGUGGGCAGAAGAGAAAGCUUCAGCUUGCUAUGAUGUUCGCCGGAGGAUCUGCUGUAUGCUGCGUGGAUGAAGUUUCAACCGGUCUCGAUCCCAUCUCGCGUCGCAGAAUCUGGGAAAUCCUUCUAGCGGAGCGCCACCGACGGACCAUCAUCAUGACCACGCAUUUCCUUGACGAAGCUGACUACCUGAGUGACAACAUCGUCAUCAUGUACAAAGGCACUUUGAAGGCCGAGGGCACGGCUGCGGCUUUGAAGAACCAGUUCGGACGCGGGUUCACGAUCAAGCUGCCCGAGAACAUCGACGUCGAAGUACCUUUGUCUGGAGCGAUCGAGAAAGAAACGGCGAGGCACCAGGUAGUAUACCGAGUUGCGACACCGGCCCUGGUCACAGAGUUGGUUGAGCAUCUCGAAACAAGGGGAAUUCGCGACUACCAGAUCUCCGGUCCUACCAUGGAAGAACUCUUCUUGAAGGCUACCGGUGAUACGAUUGAGUCGACUGAGGCCAUCACAUCGAAAGACAAACAAGCAGACAAUGCCGAUGAGAUUGAUGAAGUGGUGCCCGUCAAAGCCGUUGAUGAACACUACGAGCUCAUGGACGGGCGACCUAUAUCCGUCAUCAAGCAAUGGUACUUGCUCGUCGGCAAGCGAUUCCGCAUUCUCCGGCGCCGUUAUAUCCCCUAUUUCGUAGCUGUCGCAUUCGCCAUCGUCGGAGCCGGCGUUGCGCCUCUUCUCAUCAAGAGCUUCAAGGAACCCAUGAACUGCCCAACACCAGCGGACCUCUUCAACGAUUACAAUUCAGCAUGGAGAUCUGAUCUUUCUUCCAACUACGCCACUCCUCGCAUUCUGUUCGGUCCUCCCGACAAAGUGAACGACACGCGCCUGGCGCAGAUCGCGACGGUUUACUCUCACAACAACACGGGAUCGGCGGGCUGCGAUUCCACCGUUUCUUAUUGUUCCGACUACGGCUACCACAACACUUCGCAAGUGAAGGACUCUUUGGUCAUGGUGAACACGUACGAGGACUUUAUCAAGAAGAUAGAGCUGUACCAGAACUACCAGUCCGGGACAUACGACUCCAGCAGCCUCCCCGCCAAUUUUUCAUUCAGAGAUACCAGUGUUGACGGCGGAAUCUGGAUGGGCGAUGGCGGUGCCAUCGUUGCCGCCAGCAUCGCAUCACCGGAGAACGUCGCCAUCAUGCUGAAUUUCCUCGACAACAUCGUCACAGGCGUGCCGAUCGCGACGGGCUAUUCCGCCUUUCCAACAGAGUCGGCUCCGCCGAUCUACGACGCCCACUCGCUUAUCUUCAUCGUUUACUACGGCUUGAUCAUGUCUGCGUACCCAGCGUUCUUCGCGCUUUAUCCUACCAACGAAAGGAUCUCCAAUGUCAGGUCGAUGCAGUACUCUAAUGGCAUUCGUCCGCUUCCGCUUUGGCUUUCACAUCUUGCUUUCGAUGGCAUCUUCGUCGUCCUGAUCAGCUCGGUGGCCACUGGCUUGCUUUCAGCUUCUACCCCAGCGUGGUUCGGCCUCGGGUACAUCUGGAUCAUCUUGGUCCUGUAUGGCCUGACCGCGACCCUUCUUUCCUAUGUCAUCUCUAUGUUCGCCAAGUCUGCGGUGACAGCCUGGUUCAUGAUCGCGCUCGGCCAGGUAAUCUUCUACUUCGCGUACCUCGGCGGCCUCAUUGGCGUGCAAUCUUCCUACUCCUAUUUCAAAAUGGAGUCAGUCUUCAACAGCCUCUUCUUCGGCCUCGGCAUCGUCUCUCCAGUCGUGUGUCUCGAGAGAGCCCUCACAAUCGGGCUGACACAGUUCGCCGCACUGUGCAACGGACACAGCGCCGGCUCAAUCUACCUCUUCGGCGGCCCAAUUCUCUACCUCCUAUUGCAGGGCGUCCUCCUCUUCACCAUCCUCCUCUGGUGGGACAGUUCGUUCAAACUGCCUGCCUUUGGGAAACGCAGCGCCGCCCACGAUCCCGAGGCGACGGAAAUGUACUCCAAAGACCUGAUGAACGAGCACAAGCGCCUAGCCUCGGACACCUGCGAUCUGCGCGUGGCCUCCGUGUCCAAGACCUUCGGCAAGAACACGGCCGUCGACGCCGUAACCUUCGGCGUGCAAACGUCGGAGAUCUUCGCGCUGCUUGGUCCCAACGGUGCAGGCAAGAGCACCCUCAUCAGCAUGAUCCGGGGCGACCUGGCGCCCUCGACGGCAGACUCCCAAAUCGCCAUCGCGGGGCACUCCAUCCUGUCGGCGCCCGUCGCCGCGCGCGCAAACCUGGGCGUGUGUCCGCAGUUCGACUCGGCCGACGUGCUCACCGUGACCGAGACACUCGCCUUCUUCGCGCGCAUCCGCGGCGUGCAGGACAUCGCGCACAACGUGACCACCGUCAUCGCGGCUUGCGGCCUCGGGCCGUGGGCGCACCAGCUCGCGCAGAAGCUGUCUGGCGGGACCAAGCGCAAGCUCAGUCUCGCCGUCGCGCUCGUCGGCAACCCGCGCGUGCUGGUCCUCGACGAGCCGUCGUCGGCGCUCGACGCCAAUGCGAAGAGGAACAUGUGGCGCUGUCUGCAGAACAUCGGCAAGGGCCGCGCCGUCGUGCUGACUACGCACAGCAUGGAAGAAGCUGAUGCGCUGGCGGACAGGAUCGGCAUUGUAUCCUCGCGCAUGCUGGCGCUGGGCGAGCGCGAGGACAUGAAGCGUCGAGCGGGAGAUUCGUUUCACGUGCAUCUCGUGUCUGCGUCUGCGCCGCGGACGACCAACGCAGAGCUGCAGCGGAUCAGGGAGUGGAUCGCGUGCACCUUUGCGAACGCAAACGUCAGCCGCGAGACGCAGGGGGGCCAGGUGCGGUUCGAAGUCCCGGCCGAGGGGCGGAGUCUGGGGGGCUUGAUAGCGCUGCUGGAGCGGGAGAAGGACGGCUUGGGCGUUGAGUUCUACACAGUUGGGAAAGCAACUCUGGACGAAGUCUUCGAGAACAUCGUCAAGCGGUAUGGGGAGUACUCGGAGAAGUGAAAUGAGAUGAUCGUUCCGCGAGGUCGCGUUGGAGGCGUUUGAGAUACCACAGGAAAUUAAACAAACAAAGUACGGUAGAUGGAAUAGAGUCAUUACAAC